AUGUUUCCCGCCGAGAAAGAGCCCACACCCACCCGGAGACUCCGCUGGGGCACCACGCGCUCCAAGGCCGGGCGCCCUCGGGCAGAAAACCUCAAUCGGUCCAAAACCUUGCGGAAGCUAUUCAAGCGGGACGCCUCGACAAAACAGCCCCGCGACGCCCCCAAGAACGGCUGGGGGCCGCUGCGAGACAACGCCAGCGGGUCGGACUCUUUCAUUGCUGUCGAGGAAAUCGCGUCUCCAGACGGCAGCGGCGAGCCCGCAGGCCCAAAACAGCCCAAGGACCCCAAGGACCGGAGACACGAGAAGCGGGUCAUUGUGUUCAAUCGCAAUCUCCCGGACCACUUGUUGGACCCGGAGACGGGCUUCCCCGUGGCGACGUAUCACCGCAACAAGAUAACGACGGCCAAGUACACCGCGCUCACGUUUUUCCCCAAGACGAUCUGGAACCAGUUCUCGCGCGACAUCGCCAACAACUACUUCUUGUUCCUCAUCAUCCUCGGGAUCUUCUCCAUUUUCGGCGUGCCGUCGCCGGUGCUCGCGGCCGUGCCGCUCAUUGUCAUCGUUUGCAUCACCGCGCUCAAAGACUCCGUGGAAGACUCGCAGCGGACGGCCUCCGACAUGGAGGUCAACAACCAGGCCACGCACAUUCUCUCGCAAGUGCGGGACAGUGACCUGGGCUACGUGUAUAUCAACCGAAACGUGGACGAGAUGGGAAUCUCCGUGUGGAGGCGGUUCAAGAAGUGGAACACCAGAAUACUCCUUGCGUUUCUACGAGCGGUGAAGCGCAAUGCCACCAGCAAGGGCCGGGCCGCAAAAGCUCGUCAGCAGGCGCAGCCGGAGCAAGACGGCGCGCGGAAGAGCUUCGACAGCACCCUUGAAUUCAGAAGACACUCAGUGGCCCCGGGCGCAAUGCACGGGAUGGCCAGAAAGUCCUUGCAAACCGUGCGCUCCUCGUUCCACGGCGGGGACAAAACCUUGGCUUUCGAGAGAAAGACGUGGAAGGAGGUGAAAGUAGGGGAUGUGCUUCGUAUUCACAACAACGAGGAGGUCCCUGCGGACAUCUUGAUCCUCUCCUCUAGCGAUGAGGACAACUGCUGCUUCGUGGAGACGAAAAACCUCGACGGAGAAACCAAUCUCAAAAUCAAGCAAGCACUUGCAUUUUCUACAGACCCCAAGAAGGUCAAACGCGCCGACGAGUUCAUGGAGAUGAAUUUCGAAAUCGAAAGUGAGGGCCCUCAGCCGAAUCUCUACUCAUACGAAGGCGCUGUCGUAUACGAAAAGGACGGCGAGGUAAACAAAGAAUCAGCCACAAUCAACAACUUGAUUUUGCGAGGCUGUUAUCUCCGAAACACCAAGUGGAUCAUCGGCGUGGUUGUGUUCCCCGGCGACGAGACUAAGAUCAUGUUGAACUCUGGCCUCACCCCGUCAAAAAAGUCCCGUAUUUCGCGACAACUAAACUACUACGUUAUCAUCAACUUCGUCAUACUAUUUGUCAUGUGCUUCGUCUCAGGGCUAGCGAGUGGGCUUUAUUACCGCGAAUCAAACACGUCUCGGGAUUAUUUCGAAUUCGGCACAAUCGCAGGGUCUCCCUUCAAAAACGGUCUCGUCAAUUUCUUUGUUGCCCUCAUCUUGUAUCAAUCAUUGGUUCCGAUCUCAUUGUACAUCACCAUUGAAAUCAUCAAGUCAUUGCAAGCUUAUUUCAUUCAUGCAGACUUGGGACUAUAUUACGAAAAGUUGAACUUCCCCUGUCUUCCAAGAUCUUGGGGAAUUUCAGACGACUUGGGCCAAGUCGAAUAUAUUUUCAGCGACAAAACAGGCACUUUGACACAAAAUCUCAUGGAGUUUAGAAAAUGCACUAUCAACGGCGUUUCUUAUGGACGCGCAUAUACUGAGGCAUUAGCUGGACUACGAAGACGUUUGGGCUACAAUGUCGAGGAGGAAGCAAGAAUCGAAAAGGCAGCCAUUGCCAACGACCGCAAUGAAAUGCUCAGAGAUUUGAGAUCAAUUUCAGCAAAUAUAUACGAUAGCGACGCUACUCUUGUGUCCAAAGAAUUGGUCCAGGACCUCAAGGGAGCUUCGGACGAAGCUCAAAAAGCAUACAAUGAGGAGUUUUUUCUUGCUUUAUCCUUGUGUCAUUCUGUUCUUGUCGAGGAAGAUCCAAAGGAUUCGAAGAAAAUGAUUUUGAAGGCUCAGUCUCCAGAUGAAGCUGCUUUGGUCGGAACAGCUCGGUCUUUAGGUUUCGUCUUCGCAGGGAAAACCAAGAGAGGCUAUGUUGUUCGUGUUCAGGGUCAAAAACGAGAAUAUCAAGUCCUCAAUACUCUUGAGUUCAAUUCCACAAGGAAAAGAAUGAGCGCCAUCGUGAAGAUCCCCGGUGCUGACGCCGACAAAGAGCCCAAGAUUGUCCUUUUUUGUAAAGGAGCGGAUUCAAUUAUUUAUUCCAGACUCUCGGAGGGUAACAACAAUGCUAGUUUUCUUGACAAGACCUCGCGUCAUUUGGAAGAGUACGCUACUGAAGGCUUAAGAACGUUGUGUAUUGCCAAAAGGGAACUUACAUGGUCUGAAUACCAAGCUUGGAACACGAAGUACUUGGAAGCGUCCUCGUCAUUGACAGAUCGCGAUGCUCGGGUGGAAGCUGUCGCCGACUCGAUUGAAAGAGAAUUAGUAUUGUUGGGUGGCACCGCCAUUGAAGACAGAUUGCAGGAUGGAGUCCCGGAAUCCAUUUCUAUUCUUGGAAAUGCGGGAAUCAAGUUAUGGGUCCUAACUGGUGACAAAGUUGAAACAGCAAUUAAUAUCGGGUUUUCCUGUAAUCUACUUGGAAAUGAUAUGGAUCUUCUAGUUUUGAAAACAGAUGUGCUGGAGGAAGAUAGAAGCAAGCACGAUAUUCUUCAUGAUGACGGAGAGGAAACAAUCAUUGAGAAAUUGAUCGAUGGCUAUUUGGACGAACAUUUUUCAAUGACUGGUUCUCAAGAGGAAUUGGAGCAUGCUGCAAAAGACCACUCUGCACCAAACGAAAAGUUUGGAGUGGUCAUUGAUGGGGAUGCCUUGAAACUAGCGUUGGCUAAUCCCGAAAUUAAACGAAAAUUUUUACUUCUAUGCAAGCAGUGUCGUGCGGUUUUGUGUUGCCGUGUUUCUCCUGCUCAAAAAGCGGCUGUUGUGAAAAUGGUGAAGGACACAUUGGAUGUGAUGACACUAGCCAUUGGAGAUGGAUCAAAUGAUGUCGCCAUGAUCCAAGCCGCAGAUGUCGGUAUUGGUAUCGCUGGUGAGGAGGGGAGACAAGCUGCAAUGUCUUCCGACUAUGCUCUUGGUCAGUUCAGAUUCUUGACACGACUUCUCUUGACCCACGGAAGAUGGUCUUAUAAGAGGUUCGCUGAAAUGAUCCCCAGUUUCUUCUUCAAAAACAUCAAUUACACUUUUGCGUUGUUUUGGUACAGUCUCUUCAACAACUUUGAUGGCUCAUACUUAUUUGAGUUCACAUACAUCAUGUUUUAUAAUUUGGCUUUCACGUCAUUACCGGUUAUUUUCCUUGCUGUUUUUGACCAAGAUGUGAGUGCCAAAGUUUCAAUGAUUGUUCCAGAGCUUUACCGCGCUGGAAUAAUGCGGACAGAGUUUACAGAGACAGCUUUCUGGAUAUAUGCAUUUGAUGGACUCUAUCAGUCGUUUGUCUCAUUCUUUUUUCCCUACUGGACAUAUUGCCAGACUUUCCAGCUUGAGAAUGGCUUGGGCGCCGACCACCGGUUCUAUGUGGGAAUGUUGGUCACAUGCAUCUCGUGUAUUAGUGCCAAUCUGUACGUGUGGAUGCAUCAGUAUAGAUGGGACUAUCUCUCUUUUCUUGCCCAUUUGUUCUCCAUCUUGGUGAUUUUUGCCUGGACAGGAAUUUGGACCGCAGGAACCUGGUCAGAAGAAUUUUACCAGGUGGGCCGAAUAAUGUUUGGGCUGGCUAUGUAUUGGUCUUGUUUGGCCAUUGGCAUUGUUGUAUGUCUUUUACCUCGGGGAAUUUACGAUAUUCUCCAAAAGUUCUACUUUCCCAAAGAUUCGGACAUUAUACGGGAAUGUGUGCAGAGAGGAGAAUUUGACAAGUACCCCAAAAAUUAUGAUCCAACUGAUCCCAAUAGAGAAAACGUGGAUGACCCCUCAAUCAGCGAUAAAGAACUGACUCUUGUUCGCUCAAGUGGCACGCCAGAUAUGAGCACAGGCACUUCAGGCAAAGACCUGAUUCUGGCUGACGAUAUUAUUCGUCGCCAAGGUGUCACCACGUCGUAUUAUAAUGACAACUCGUCAAUCAUCGACACCUACAAUUUGAACCGGUGGAGCACAACGCCCCUUGAUAAGGUGAACUCAUCAGAAGACAUACUUAUGGAUGACAUGGCCUCCGGUCUGAACGGCAAAAAACGGUCGUCCAGGAUUCGAACGUCGCUUGAUUUCCAUGAAAUGACUACGGUGAACUCUUUGAAUGAGGCCAGGGCAGAGCACUAG